UUGAUUAAUUACAAUUCUACAAUGCAGAUUUUCAGUUCAACCAGUGGACAUGGAAAGUCAUCAAAUGCUGGAUGAAAUGCAUGACUAUGAAGAUCAGAUUGAAGAUUUUUCCCAGAAUGAUGAAUUUGAUUACAAUACUGAGAGUCAAAAUGAUGAAAAUCAGCUGGAAAUUGAGGAAGAAAACAUGGAAAUGGUCCAGGUGCAGGAAAAGAUUCAGUGGAAAACACCUGAAGUUCAGUUACUUAUACAAUUGUAUGAAAAAAAUAAACUCAAAUUUGAGGAUAAAAAAACCAAGAACAAAAAAAUUUGGCAAUCUAUCGCUGGGGAAAUAAGGUCAAUCAGUAACUUCGAAGUUACACCAGAGCAGUGUGAGAAUAAAUUUAAAAAUUUGAAAAAAACUUAUAAAAGUAUUAUUGACAAUAAUAAUAAAUCAGGAAGAGGAGUGAAAAAUUGGCCAUUUUUCAAAGAUAUGGAUCAAAUUUUUGCCAAAGAUCCAGAUGUGAAUCCAAUUUCAACAUGUAGUAACUUGGAAGGCCCAUCAACAUCUGAUCAUGUUGACAAGGACACACAUGAAAAUAUAAGUACCUCAAAUCAGAAUGUACAGAAUGUUCCUCAUGGAGUAAAGAGGAAGAAACGUUCUGGUGAAGAACCUGAGUGGUUCAAGAAGUUCAGGGAGGAUUGCCAAAAGCGCCAUGAGGAGAAAAUGAAAAGACAGGAUAGCCUAUUACAGAUUUUGGAGAAAUUGGCAGAAAAGUAAUUUCUUGUCUUCAAAUUUCCUUUUUUUUUAGUUCUUUGCUGUAAUCAAGUAGCUACCAAUUUGGUUCCCUAGUUUUCCAGAAUAAUUUUUAAGUUUUUUGUUGUGAUAUCCAG